AACAUGGAUUUCUUUAAUAUCUCCAGCUUGGAAGACGGGAUAGAAGCAGAAAAUAGCUCCUCUAAUUCCACCUCUGGGAGCCAGUACACCCAGCUUGCUAUCUGGGGAAUCGCUGGUCUUGUCAGCUUUCUGAUUUUGUUUAUAAUAGUCGGGAACGUUUUGGUUGUCAUCGCUGUUUUAACGAGCAGAGCUCUGAAACCACCCCAGAACCUCUUCCUCGUCUCCCUGGCCAGUGCGGACAUACUGGUGGCCACUCUGGUCAUGCCCUUUUCUCUGGCAAAUGAACUCAUGGGCUACUGGUUUUUUGGCAAAAUCUGGUGUGACAUCUACUUGGCUCUGGAUGUUUUAUUCUGCACCUCUUCCAUUGUUCACCUGUGCGCUAUUAGUUUGGACAGGUACUGGUCAGUGACACAGGCAGUAGAGUAUAACUUAAAGAGAACGCCUAAACGAGUUAAAGGCAUGAUUGUGGUGGUCUGGUUGAUCUCAGCCGUCAUCUCCUUCCCUCCACUGAUAUCAAUGGACAGGAGCAGCAGUGAGGCCAGUCCCCAGUGUAUCCUGAAUGAUGAGACCUGGUACAUCCUCUACUCCAGCAUUGGAUCAUUCUUCGCCCCCUGUGUUAUUAUGAUCCUGGUCUACAUUCGGAUCUACCAGGUGGCAAAAACCAGGACCAGGACAAUGUCAGAGAAGAAGAGAGACGUGGAUUCACCAAUGGAGAAUGGGAUGGACCAAACUGAGCCCGGCAGAGGCGGGUCUUUAAAAUCUAACAGGGGCGGGAGCAUGAAAGACCAGGAGCGUGAAAACGGGCACUGCCAAGAUCAGGCGGUCCGAUCCACUCUGCCAAACCAGCCAAAGCAUCCGUCAACAGACCACGACGACGACUUCGACGACAGCAGUUCAUCGGACGAGAAAGUUAAGAAAAGCUCCAACUCCUCGAGGCAUCACCAUGAACCCAGGAAAGACAGGAAGGCCAGCCGGAAAAGCAGCUCUGCCUCGAAAUACUCCAGCAGAAAGUCACGUGCCAGUUCCAAAUCCAUGGAGCUGUUCUCGUCCCGCCGAAAACGCCAGAACACCGUCAACCGGAAGAAGGUCUCCGCUGCUCGGGAGAAGCGCUUCACCUUCGUCCUGGCCGUGGUCAUGGGCGUGUUCGUCAUGUGCUGGUUCCCAUUCUUCUUCUCCUACAGCCUGUAUGGAAUCUGCCGUGAGGCGUGCAAGAUACCCGACACGCUGUUCAAGUUCUUCUUCUGGAUUGGCUACUGCAACAGCUCCCUGAACCCGGUCAUCUACACCAUCUUCAACCAGGACUUCCGCAGAGCCUUCCAGAAGAUCCUCUGUAAGUCAUGGAAACGCUCCUUUUGA